AUGCCGAUUGCCAGUGAGAGUACCACCGUCAACUCCGUUACUACCACCAUGACAACUUUUUCCGCCCCGGUCACCGCACCUAGAUCGAUGCCCAACAAUCAGUCUGCGUUGGCGGCAUCCUUCACCAAUUUCCUCACCGUAUCAAUACACCAGAUCCUGUUUUUACGUUCGGUCUAUCCACGAGCCACGUUCCUCCCCGUGCGGGCGUACAACUAUCCCGUCCGACAAUCCCGUCACCCCAAGGUGUGUGAUUACAUCAAUGACGCGUCAAUUGCGGUCGGAACGGAGAUCUUGAAAGGCACAAUAACCGCUGUCAGCAUUAUCAUCUCCUCCCUCCGUACGAAUCAACCUCUCGAACGAUAUGCCUUUGAUUUAUCGGGCUUCCCCCGUGUUCCGGCUGGCGAAGUCAAUACCACCUUCGAAGACAGAAGGGAGGAACAAACCAAAGCGGGUGUUCCCGUAACCGACCGGGCUUCCGCCCCCACAUCAGUCGACCUCGAAGCGCAAUUUCGGGCCUGUCUAGCAAGACUGGCUUCAGCUUGUGCGCGCCUGACUCCCUUGCCUCGGGACGAUGAAUUCAGUUUCACCGUCUGCAUCGAGGUGCGGGAAGAUGCUUUACCCCCGGCGGGGACCACAACCGAAGAACAGACAUGGAUUGUGGCCGAACCGGAUAAGGUCCACCUCCGAUCGUGCACCGCCCCUUACUCCGUUUCUAAGUUGAGAAACGGCGAGCCGCAACAGCCGCCUCCCAAGGUAUCGAAUGGACGUGCCAAAACGGUCCCGGUACGACGUGUAGAAGCUGGAGAGCUUCGCCUGGAACUAUGGGUGGAAGAGGCACGGCAGAAGUUUAAUGAACCGGUGGACUCUGAACAUCCACCAUGA